CCUGAUGCAUGUUGGGAUAAAGAAAGGGGACGCAUCGCAGAUUUCGGAGGUUUGGUUAGGCGAGUCGUUGAAUUGCCAAUGAUUGAGGCUUAGAUGGUGACUGCAAUCAAGCUAGUAAUUGAAUCUGAAAACUGCUUAUCACCCAUUCAUAACACAAUCUGAGCGGUGCGACACGUUCUCCAUAAAUACACUUUUGUUCUUGUUUUAAGGUCGUGUUAUUGGUGAAUCUGUUGAGACAUGGGGGGCGACAAGCGGAUUAGUCGCACAGAGCGAAGCGGCAGAUAUGGCUCGGAUCAGUCACGUGGCGACUCGGAGUGGCGGGAGAGAAGAGGACGUGACCAGGACCGAGAACCGGACCGAGACCACGAUAUGCGGCGCUGGGGUGAAGACAGACGCGGUGACCGCUAUGACGGAGACCGGCGAGGAAACCGAGACCAGAGUCCAGAGAUCUACCAGAGAGAGCGAAAAAGGCGGAAUAGUGACCGAUCAGAAGACGGCUAUCACUCUGAUGGAGACUACCCCGAGCAGGAUUUCCGUAGAGAAGCCGGAGAUGAUAGGAAGAGCAAGACCAUCAUGCUGUGGGGGCUGCCUCAUAACAUCACUGAGGAUGAAAUUCGAGGUGCAAUUGAACCCCUGGAAGGCCCACAGCCAGUAGACAUCAGGCUGGUGAAGAAAAAGACAGGUAUAAGCCGAGGUUUCGCCUUCGUGGACUUUUAUCACUUGCAAGAUGCUACCCGAUGGAUGGAGACCAAUCAGAAACGUCUGACAAUCCAAGGCAAAUAUGUGGACAUGCAGUACAGCAACCCCCGGAACAAGUUUGAAGACUGGCUAUGUAACACUUGUGGCCUGUACAAUUUCCGGAGGAGGCUGAAGUGCUUCAGGUGUGGAGCAACCAAAGCCGAGGGUGAAGGCGGCGGCCCCUCCGGAGUCUCUGAGCCCCAUCCCACGCCAGACUUCUACGGGGACACGAUCAUCCUCAGAAAUAUAGCCCCUCUGACCACGGUUGAAGCCAUCCUGACACUGUUGGCGCCCUACGCCAAUCUCCUGCCCAACAACAUCCGCCUCAUCAAAGACAAGCUGACGGGACAGAACAGAGGCUUUGCCUUCGUGCAGCUCUCCUCUCCUUUGGAGGCCUCUCAGCUGCUGACGAUCCUGCAGGGGCUGCAACCUCCGUUGAAGCUGGACGGGAAGACGAUAGGCGUGGACUACGCCAAGAGUGCCAGGAAGGACCUCCUGCUUUCCGACGGGAAUCGUAUCAGUGCCUUCUCCAUGGCCAGCACGGCCAUCGCUGCCGCCCAGUGGUCCUCCACUCAAGCACAGCAGGGCCCGGACGCCAUGUCGGAGUACAGCUAUCUGCAGGAGGGCUACGCCCCAUUGUCUCAGGACUUCCAGGCGUACUACCAACCCGCCGCUGUGCCAGAAUCCUCCCAGGCCAACGGCAUACUAGGAGCGGCCCCUGUUGCAGCCGGGGUAAUCAUUUCCCAAACCGCGCAGGUGUACCAGCCACAAAUCAUCGGGCAGCCGGCGGUCAUGGCCUCUCGCGUCGGCCACCUGCCGGACACAGCCCACCAUCAUGGGCCACCGUCAGCUGCCACAGCCGUCUGCGGAGCAGCUGCCACCACCACCGCGCCACAUGCCUCCGGACAGAAUCCUCACUCUGCUGCCCCGGACAUAUCCACCUAUCAGUACGACGAAUCCUCUGGCUACUACUACGACCCACAGACGGGCCUGUUCUACGAUCCAAACUCCCAAUAUCACUACAACGCCCAGACCCAGCAGUACCUUUACUGGGACAGCGAAAAGCAGACGUACGUCCCCGCUGCGGCCGACGCAAGUACGGGCGACGGCAUGGCCGCCCCCAGCAGCGCAGCAGGCACCAGUAAAGAGGCGAAGGACAAGAAGGAGAAGCCCAAGAGCAAGACUGCACAGCAGAUCGCCAAGGACAUGGAGCGCUGGGCCAAGAGUCUCAACAGGCAGAAGGAGAACUUCAAGGGCAGCUUUCAGCCCGUCAGUCACGAGGAGCGGAGAGAGGCAGCCGCCGCCGACGCCGGCUUCAGCCUGUUUGAGAAGAAGCAGAUGGGCGGUUUCGAGGACGUCGUGCCAGAGCUACCGAGAGGAGUGGAGGAAGAGCUACCGUCCUCCAGCUCUGUAAACGCAAGCAAGUGUGGUCUAGUGGCGGCCUACAGUGGGGACAGUGACCCUGAGGAGGUUGCCAGCGCGGAGCAGGACUACGGCGGAGAAGACGGUUUGACGGACUGGAAGAAGAUGGCCUGCCUGCUGUGCAGGAGACAGUUCCCCAACAAGGACGGCCUGGUCCGCCACCAGCAGCUCUCUGACCUGCACAAGCAAAACUUGGAAGUUCUCCGUAGAUCCAAAUUAACCGAGGCCGAGCUUGAGGAGUUGGAGAGGAAGGAGACUGAGUUGAAAUACAGAGACCGGGCGGCUGAACGCAGAGAGAAGUACGGCAUCCCCGAACCUCCAGCUCCUAAGAAGAAGAAAUUCGCUGCGCAGCCGCCACCAGUCGUCAUUAACUAUGAGCAGCCCAAUAAGGACGGCCUCAACAGUGACAAUAUCGGCAACAAGAUGCUACAGGCCAUGGGCUGGAGAGAGGGCAAAGGGCUCGGUCGAAACCAGCAGGGCAUCACCGCCCCCAUUCAGGCUCAGUUGAGAACGAAGGGAGCCGGUCUCGGAACCAAAGGUAGCAACUACAACCUCACCGCCUCCGACACGUACAAAGACGCAGUCCGCAAAGCCAUGUUCGCACGCUUCACUGAAAUCGAGUGAGGGAGUGGUGUCGAUACGUUCUCCCUCCCUCUGCUCCCUCUGCUAUUGGACAACUGGCCCACUGCUAGGAGCAACAUGAUGUCCUUUUCCAAUACAAGUCGACUUAUGAAGAAGCGUGUUUAGGACUGUAAUUAAUUUGUACAUAAGCAGAGUGUUUUACUGUUUUAAUGGUUGUUUUUUUCUGGUCCUUAUUUGUCUGAGCAUGUUAACAUUAAUUGUACAGGGUUUUUUUUAAUGAAAAUAUUGUCUCAUGUUGUACAUGAAAUAAAUGACAUAAGGCAGUC